AUGGGCCAAGGCUUCUUUGGUUAUAACCCUCCUCAAUUCGCUCUCGAUGCGGCCAAGGAAGCCCUCGACCGGGUCGAUUGUAACCAAUACUCGCCUACCAAGGGCCGUCCUCGUCUUAAGAAAGCUAUCGCUGAAGCUUACUCUUCAUCUUUCGGUCGUACCCUGAACCCUGAUACGGAAAUCUCCAUCACCACAGGCGCAAAUGAAGGAAUGCUAAGUGCAUUCAUGGGUUUCAUCGAACCCGGGGACGAAGUCAUCAUUUUCGAACCUUUCUUUGACCAAUAUAUCAGCAACAUUGAGAUGCCUGGUGGCACCAUUCGCUAUGUGCCACUUCAUCCUCCCAAGGACGGUGCGACAAGGACAUCACCGGCGUCAGAGUGGACGAUAGAUUUCGAGGAGCUGGAAAGAACCAUCAACACGAAGACAAAGAUGAUUGUCUUGAACUCACCUCACAACCCCGUUGGAAAGGUCUUAUCGCGAGACGAACUCGAACGGAUUGGGGAGUUGUGUGUGAAACACAACCUCAUCAUCCUCUCCGAUGAGGUCUACGAUCGUCUGUACUACGUGCCUUUCACCCGAAUUGCCACUCUGUCACCACAGCUCUGGGAGCGUACUAUCACGGUUGGCUCCGCUGGAAAGGCAUUCUAUGCUACCGGCUGGCGUGUUGGCUAUCUGAUCGGACCCGAACAUUUGAUCAAAUAUGUCGCUGCUGCACACACUCGCAUCUGCUAUAGCAGCGUUUCUCCUCUUCAGGAGGCUGCUGCGGUUGCUUUCGAGCAGGCAGACAAGGUCGGCUUCUGGGAUCAGAGCCGAGAAGAAAUGAAGAAGAAAAUGGAGCGCUUCUGCAAGGUCUUUGAUGAACUCAAUAUCCCGUACUCUGAUCCCGAGGGAGGAUACUUUGUUCUUGCGAACAUGGCCUCUGUCAAACUCCCGGAGGAUUACCCAUUCCCUCCUCAUGUUGCCAACCGGCCCCGCGACUUCAAGCUCUGCUGGUUCCUAAUCCACGAAGUGGGAGUGGCGGCUAUCCCUCCCACAGAGUUCUAUACUGACGAGAAUGCCCAUAUCGCGGAGAAUUACCUUCGAUUCGCAGUCUGCAAGAAUGAUGAUGUUCUAGAAACCGCGAAGGAGCGUCUUCGUGGCUUAAAGAAGUAUAUCUCAUAG